AUGCCGGACGCACUUCAGCUGGUGGCCCUCCAGGAGGGGCUCGGAGGUCCAUGGAGGCUCCCAGAAGCGGGUCUGGGGCAGUUCAGCAUCGGCCGGAAGGCCUCUUGCCAAUUGAACCUGCCCGAGGCCUACGCCUAUGUCAGUGGCGAGCACUGUCGACUCAAAUCCGUGUUUCGUGCGGGUGAGCGGGCGACGCUACUAGAAGACUUGAGUGGCAACGGGACCUUCAUCAACGGCGUGCGCGUCGGGCGUGGGAAGACGGAACCUGUGAAGGAGGGCGACGAG